GCUUACUUAUUAAUAAAGAUAACCAAGAUGAUAUAUAUAUGAUUGAUCUUUUAGAGAAUAUACAAAUAAUUGAAGAAAAUAGUUCUUUUGUUUCUAUAAACGAAGUGGUGGAAUCUGAAUCUAGUCAACUGGAUUUCCUAUUCAUUGAAAGAGAGUUGAAACUGAUAGUGAUAGAAUUAUUAGAUAUUGAAUAUUCAAAUGCAGCUUUGCUGCAUAUAAAUCUUUCAAAUCCUAAAUCUUUAUCAGGAGUAAGAAUUACAAGCAUCUGUGGAAAGCAUACUCAUUCAAUGAUACAGGAUUUACAUGUAUUUGCUCCCAAAUAUUGCAGAUUAUCAAAUGAAAUGUUGGAAAGAAUUAAAUUUUAUGUUACUAAGGGAAACAUGAG